GUCUAAUGUGCUCAGUCGGAAUGCAGUAGGCGGGGCCGCUACGCUCGUGUCAAACUUUGGGAAUGACAGGAGUGCUGCAGGAUUCGAUAAGAAGGGGAAGUGUCGCCCUUGUUGGUCCCGUUUGGAUUACUUUGACUUCUUUUUACACACAGACUUUGGAUUCACCAGCUUUCUAAAGAUAGGACGGCCUCAGCACACUCCUCAGCCAUGUCGGAGGACCUGAGCGCCCAAACCUGGUCCAUCAACAAAGAUGAUUAUGAGCUACACGAGGUGAUUGGGAGCGGGGCCACAGCAGUGGUUCAAGCGGCCUGCUGUUUACCACGCAAGGAGAGGGUGGCCAUCAAACGCAUCAACCUGGAGAAGUGCCAGACGAGUAUGGACGAACUUCUGAAAGAGAUUCAAGCCAUGAGCCAGUGCCACCACCCCAACAUCGUGUCUUACUACACCUCGUUCGUGGUGAAGGAUGAGCUGUGGCUGGUCAUGAAGCUGCUCAGUGGUGGCUCUGUGCUGGACGUGAUCAAGCAUAUCAUCUCACGAGGGGAACACAAGACCGGCGUCCUGGAUGAGCCCAGUAUAGCCACGGUGCUGAAAGAUGUGCUUGAAGGCCUGGAGUACCUCCACAAGAACGGGCAGAUCCACAGAGAUCUUAAGGCUGGAAACAUUCUGCUCGGGGACGACGGCUCAGUGCAAAUAGCAGACUUUGGCGUCAGUGCCUUUCUAGCCACAGGUGGUGACAUGACUCGAAACAAAGUGCGCAAGACGUUCGUGGGGACGCCAUGCUGGAUGGCCCCGGAGGUCAUGGAGCAGGUGAGGGGUUAUGAUUUCAAAGCAGAUAUUUGGAGUUUUGGGAUCACCGCCAUUGAGCUCGCGACGGGGGCCGCACCGUAUCACAAAUACCCGCCAAUGAAGGUCUUGAUGCUGACGCUGCAGAAUGACCCCCCAGGUCUGGACACCGGCAUCACGGACAAGGAGAUUGUGAAGAAAUACGGCAAAUCCUUCAGGAAGAUGAUCUCCUUGUGUCUACAGAAGGACCCGGAGAAAAGGCCGACAUCCUCAGAGUUGUUGAAGCAUAAAUUCUUUCAGAAAGCAAAGACCCAUGAGUAUUUACACGAGAGGUUGCUCCAGAGGGCGCCCACAAUAACCGAGAGGUCAAAAAGGGUACGCCGAGUGCCAGGUUCCAGUGGUCGGCUGCAUAAAACGGAGGAUGGCGAAUGGGAAUGGAGUGAUGAUGAGCUGGAUGAAGAAAGUGAAGAGGGCAGAGCGGCCGUGGCUGCCUUGCGGUCACCAAGAGUAAAAGAGGGAUCACAGGAUUCAGAGGUUUUCCAGACUCCUGAGCCUUUAAGCAGUCAGUCAGAACCACCUCAGGCUGCGGGCCAGGUCCCACUGCAGCCCGGCAGCACUCACCCCGCUGCCCAGGCUGCGUCCCCCACACCAGGUGCACCCGCUGCUCCCUCACAGGUGCAAACUGCCUCAGGGGAUGUCAAGGCUCCUAUUAGUUUGGUAUUAAGGUUAAGAAAUUCCAAGAAGGAGCUAAAUGACAUCCGCUUUGAAUUCAUGCCAGGGAGAGACACAGCAGAUGGCGUGUCCCAGGAGCUGGUGUCAGCAGGCCUGGUGGACGGGAGGGACUUAGUAAUAGUUGCUGCCAAUUUGCAGAAGAUAGUUGAGCCUCAAGCCAAUAAAAAUGUCACUUUUAAGCUGGCCUCUGGAACUGAGGGAUCUGAAUUACCAGACGACGUCAAGCUGAUGGGCUUCGCUCAGCUCAGCAUUAGUUAAACGGUUGUACUACGUGGGACCGUGACUUGCCUAAAAAAUGUGAAAAUACAAAAAAUAUGUAGUUAAAUUAAUUUCUCUUUCUAUGGCUGUAAAGAAACCAGUACCUUUGUGUCAGAAUUAUACAACGCCGCCUCGUUGAAUUCAGCUGAAGUAUCAGAGCGCACGGUGUAAGAAUCACUCAAAACAAAGUUUACAGCUUACAUGUAGAAGGAUGAAAAUAUCUACAACGAACAGUUCUCACUUCCCAUUCUGGUCUCCUUCAUCCUGUUCUUUCUUUUCUCUCUAAUAUGUGAUGCAUUUGCACAAUCUCAACUCACGCCCUUGAAUCUUGAUAAGUGUAAAAAUGCCUUAUAUUCAUCAGAACUACUGAACGCACGUUUUUGGGGACGUCCCCAUAUGUUGUCUGAAAUGUUCAAAUGUGGUUUCUGUUGAUGGCGUCAAAGGUUUUACUUGAUGUUUGAGAGACGGGAGUUUACUAAGCCAGCUAAAGUUAAAAGUUUCGACACACUUCUGUACUCAGCAAAUGUAAUGUGAAUAUACUUCUUCAGAAUGAAGUGAACACUCCCAACCGUGGCCAUCUUUAAACGAUAAGCUUUUAUUCGGUAUUUCCUGUAAUUAAAAUGUUUCUCUAUCUGUAUAAACACAAAGCAACAAUGUGGUCGUCUCAGAGGUCAUAUAUUCUAUUCUAUAUGUAUUUCUACACUAUGACAGCAGCAGGAGGGUGUGUGUAGGAUUUACUCAAAAUAAACUCCCCUGCCGAUCACCCAGUGCAACCAUUUGGCCUAAUUAAGUAUUUGUACAUUUUUUUGGGGGCAACAAACAGACAUUACAAAAAUGUAUAAACAUUGCCAGUCUCAUACUUAUAAGUAUUGAUACAACCAGCGUCAUUUGAAAGGAAGGUCUCCUGAUGAAGCUGUCUUUAAGUUAUUACACGUGCGUAGAUUGUCCAGUACUUCAAAUUGAUAUCAACUUCAACAAAUUACCUAAAUUACCUAAAACAUUGAUUUCUGUCUUUAUUUUUACUAUUGUCCAAUUUGCCUCCUCUCCUUUUACUCCUGCAUCCUGGCCUGAGGUGUUAAUUUAAUUCUACGGUGACGUCGUCGUAACGUACAAGAAGUUUAACGACAGCGUAAACCAUAAGUGUUAUGUGAGCAGACGUGUCUGUUUGGAAUCAGUUGCUCAACAACAACAAGUGCAUUUGUGUUUAUGUGAAUGAAACACAAGUACUUGGUUCAACCUCUAGUAUGUAAAUAAUAAUAUUUAGCUUUGAUUUGUUUUUCUACUGGGCGUCUCACUCUUGGCCUUCUUUCUGUCCCGAUGACACCGCUGUGGGUUGUAGCGCUGCGUGAAGGAACGACACUAAUAACACGGCUUAGGAUUCAUCUUGCGGGACAUGCUGUCCAAUAACCGCAUGACAUUUAUUUACAUCAAAAUAAAGUUUCCGGUGUUCACUUUUUGCCUUUUUGAAAAGUUUGAAUAUAUUUUACCGCGAUGCAAUGCAAAAUAAAGAAAAAUACAUGUUUUGCUUGCAGAUCAAAGGUUACAAGGACAUCUUUGUAUUGUGACUUUAAACAUGUUACGUUUUACACUCUAGCCUCGAAUCGACGACCUAGUGUUGUUUUAGUUUUUCUGGCAUAACGUUACGGUUUUGGUUCAGAUUUACAGUGUCUUUAAAAAUGGAGAUCUUGUUAAGAUACAUGAAAUAAAUAUAUACAGGUUGGCCGACCCUGCGUUCUCCUCAAAGGGGAACAAAUACGUCAGAAACCUAUGUUACUCUACAUUUAAAUACUGCAGUAUUUGGUGCCAUUCUCCUGGUUUCGUCCGCAGCUGACGGUAGACAAGGACUGUGUGGGUGUUUGGGUGUGUGUGUGUGUGUGGCGUAGGUUGAGCCCUGCUCCUCACAGGGUUCAUGGCUUUGUUCUCAUUCUUUCUUCAACAGUCUCUUCUGUCUGCCUUAAAUGUCGUCUUACAAAGCUGUAGCAACUGAAAAGAUGACCGGCAACAUUUUUUUUGACCAGGCAAUAACUCAUCAAAGCUGUAAUAUAUUUGAAUUUUCCAACCUGUUUUUUUUUUUUCAUUCUUUCAUUUGGUCGUUUUUGGAGUUCACAGCAUGUUUCUCUUGAUUAUUUCGAAUCAAUAAAGAAUAAGCAUAUCUGCUUUGGCACUU